GGCCCAUAAUUUGCAUCCCAGCACUGCAACCAGUAGGUGCUGUUGGCGAACCAAUCUCACCUCCCAGCCCCAAGAGGGCACUUAAUUCUAGUUCUACUUGUAGCAGCAGCACGGGUACCUUCCUCCUCGUGAUGAUUAAUUAAAACGCACGAGCAAGGAUGACGAUGCACUAUAGAGGCAUAGAGCCACAGUGUACCGCAGCUCGCGACGAGCCAGCCAGCCAACGACCGCUCUCACCUUCUUCGUCCUCGCAGCCGGAGAUGGAGCAGUGUAGCACGUAGGAGUAGUUCGGGAACGAGGAAUUCGCUUUGCCGUCGGCGACGGGAGACGACGGACGGACGCUGCUUCCUCUGGCCUGGGCGUCUGGCGGCCUGCACACCUGACACCUCGCCUCCCACAGCCCUUUCGGCCGCCUUUUGGCUUUGCAGGCUUUUUGUGCCUCCUGCUGCUUCCCCGUCCCUCCCCCUCCGCCUCCCACCGGCACCCCCACUCUCCACUUCUCCAGUCGGCCGGGCACUCCUCCCUUGCCCCGGCCUCACACCACCACACGUCCACAAUGCUGCCGUCCUCCAGAUCGAGAUCUGGGCCGAACGAGUCCCCCAUCAGCAGGGGCAGGCCGAGCACGGCGUCCUCCAACCACCGCCCCUCCACGCCGUCCUCCAACCACCGCCCCUCCACGCCCUCCUCCAACCACCGCCCGUCCACGCCCUCCUCCAGCCACCGCCCCUCCACGCCGGGCGGCACCAGGAGGAGCAGCGUCGGCACGCCGUCCACGCCGCGCUCCCGCAGCAACGGCGCGGGCCCCUUCAAGUCCGAGCCCAACUCGCCGCCAUCGGCCGCCGCACAGAAGCCCCGCCUCUCGUUCGACCGCUCCCCGAGAUCCGUGGACACCAAGCCCGUCGUCGAGCGCCGGGUGCCCAAGAUCGGCACCACUCCUGAAAAGCAGCUCCGGAGGGAGGCCGAACUGCAGGCACAGCUUGAGUCCACCCAUGAGGACCUGAAGAAGGCCAAGGAUCAACUGGCAUUCAUCCUCGGAGAGAGGGACCGUCUUGUCGGGGAGCUCAACGAGGCCAAGAGAGUCGCUGAUGAGACUCACGAGAAGCUCCAGGAUGCCCUCAUGGCCAAGAGGUGGGCCGAGGAGGCCACUGAGAUCGAGAAGUUCCGCGCGGAUGAGCUGGAGCAGGCAGGCAUCGAUGAGGCACAGAGGCGGGAGGAGGAGUGGCAGAGGGAGAUUGAGUGCGUGCAUGGCCAGCACGCCGCGGACUUGGAGACGUUGGUCAACACAACGGAGGAGCUGGAGAGGCUCAGACGUGAUCUUUCCAUGGUGAACGACGCCAAGAAAGCUGCACUUGGCCAUGCAGAUGAUGCAAUGAAGAUCGCUGAGGCCAAUGCGGAGAAGGUGGAGAUCCUCUCAAAUGAAGCUGCUCGCUUGAAAGGCUUGCUUGAUUCGAGUGCUGCCAGCGAAGAGAGUAAAAGCCGUGAAGCUGAGCUUCUUGUUAAGAAUCUGAGGUCCGAGGUUUCAUCUCUGAAAGGCAAACUUGAGAAGGCAAUAGUCCUUGAAGAGAGGUUGGCUGAAGCAGAAAAAAUCAUUGAGGAGCUUAAAUCAGAGAUAGCUGAUGCGCAGAAGGUCAAAGCUGACAUCUGUCUGCAGUUAGAAGAAUGGAAGGAGAAGUCAGGAUCACUUGAGAUGAAAUUGGUGGGAGUUACUCUAUCUGAGAAGUUAAAAAGUGACUCACUUGCCUCCACGACUGAAGAGCUGGACAAGGUCAAGUCGAUAUUGCAAGAUAGAGAAUUGGAAAUUGAUGUUCUUAAAGGAAAGAUAACUGCCAUGGAAAUUGAGGUGGCAAGGCUUUUAGCGGAUGUAACUGAUUCAAAUGAGCAUCUGGAUGCAUCACAGCAAGAGGUGUUUGGGCUGCAGACUACAAUAGAUGUUCUGAGGAACAAGCUUGAUGCUGCAGAACUAGCUGCCUCAGAGGCUUUGGACAAUGAGAGGACUGCUAUCACAAAGAUUGAAGGCCUAGCUGAGGAGAAAAUCAAACUCAUUAGUGAGCUGGAUGAUGCUAGAGACAGAGAGGAGAGAGAGAAAAUGGCAAUUGAGGAUCUUACUGCUGCAUUGGAUAAGGCAUCUUGUGAAGCACAGGAAGCACAUGAUAGGUUUCAGAAGAAAGAAGAUGAUUAUGAACAUGCUCUUGCGCAGAUAGGUGAUCUGAAGAUGUCCGCGAAGACUAUGGAAGAGUGUUAUAGUGUAAUGCUUGAUGAGGCAAAACACGACAUAACUGGCCUACGGGAAACUGUGGAGAAGCUAGAAGCUGAAGUGAGCAAGUGCAGAGAAGAAUGUGAAUGUAAGGAGCUUGACCUUAUCACGGCUAGCAAGCAGUCUGAACAAGAAAUUGCUGCUCUUAAAGAAGAAGCCCAGCAUUUAUCUGCAUCACUGCAAGUUGCAGAGCACGAGCUUGAAGCAGUCAAUGAAGAGAGAGAAAGGUUUCAGGAGAAACUGGCGUGCACAGAAUCAGCAGUUGCUGAAGCCAACCACGCUGUGCAGGAGGCAAAGGCCGAGAAGGAGAGGCUUCAAGAGAAGCUUGCACACACGGAAUCAGAGGUUGCUGUGGCCAACAUGGCUGCACAUGAAUCUAAGAUUGAGUUCGACAGGCUUCAAGAGAAACUUACAUACACAGAGUUGGUGGUUGCUGAAGCCAACAAGGCUGUGCAGGAGGCAAAGGCUGAGAGUUCGCAUCUGAAGGAGCGGUUACUUGACAAAGAGAAUGCAUUGCAGAGCAUAACCCAGGAGAAUGAUGAAUUCAGGAUGCGAGAAGCUGACGCCAUGAAGAAAAUAGACGAGCUGUCUGCUCUGCUUGCUGAAGCCAUGACAAAGAAGCAUCCUGAGGAGGAAGAAAAGCUGGUGGUUGUUGAUGAGGCACACAAUUCUAUGCGUGAUGAAGUUAUCUGUUCUGUUGCAGAAAAUGGAGAUACGGAAGAAACUGAUGAUAAAAAACCAAAGCUUGAAGUUGAAGCAGUCGAUAUGAAGUCCAAUGGUCAAUCCAAGCAUGAAGAGAAAGAUGACAGCAAGGUGGAACAAGAGGAACUGAAAACUGAGCUCAGCUUGCAAGAGAGCAAGAAAGUUAGCUUCGACAAGGACACAUGGACAAAAAACAAAAAACAAGAAACUGAAUCGCCCAAUGAUGAGUUAGGCUCGAAGAAGGUUAGCAGCAGCACCGAGAACGCAAGCAGGGCCAUUAUACCAGAGGAUACGGCGACUAAAGUGUCAGCCUCUCCAACGAAACCACAGCAUCAGAAAAAGAAUAAGCCUCUGCUGAAGAAGUUUGGGAGCUUACUGAAAAAGAAAAACAGCAAGUAGCCGAACAGUGACCGUACUAUUAGUGUUGUUUUGGAUUUCUUCUUAUCCUUUUGUUUGACGAGGUGUUGUGCUUCCUAUGCGUUUGAUCCCAGUGCCUAUAUUUGUGGUGAUUGGAGAAGUUUGUGGGUGUCGUGAUUUUUUUCUCUCUCACUUUCUUAACUUGGGGCCUAUAUGGUGUUGGCUGCUAUCUACACGUUUAUGGCUGUGUAAAUGGAGUUCCUCCUGAUCAGAAUGGAUAUUCGUUUCUGAAACUGUGCAGCUCCUUGAUUGAUUGUAGGUUAAUGUGAUGUAAGGCGCCCGUGACCUAACCUGGAUAUAAUAUUUAUUAACUAGA